AGGGCAAUUACUUUUCCUAUAAGUUAUUCAAGUAUAACGAUGCCGAUACUGCAUGGGAGAGGUUGAACAACGAUGCCGUGAGGGACACAAGUUGGUACUUGUGUGACCCACAUAAUUGCUUCUUCUCUGCCAAGGAACAAGGAUCACGAGCCCGAUACUGAAAGUGAAGUAGCUGCGAGUGUGGAGACUACUGGGAACGUGUUGAUCAUACCCAUCAAGUGUCCCUGUACCAAAACCCUCGAUGGAUUCACCAAAAUAUCCCUCCCAAUCAUGUCUCCCUUCACUUGGGCAUACCCUGAUUCCCAAGAGUGCGCCCCCACUCCCCGCCGCGGGUCUCUGACCCCAUGAGUUCCCCUGGAAUCAACAAGGAAUGUGGAGUCGUACCGGGUAUUCUUCUCCCUUCUUUCUCCGGCCCAAGUCUCGUAACAUACCUUCAGAAUUGAACAAGUCCUCUUCAUUUACGACACCACACUGGACUGCCAUUGAUUUGAAAAAAUUUGUUCAGGGGAGCUCGAGUGAGGUGUAUCUUGUGGUGAAGGAUAGCAGGAGCAGCAUCCUAGAAAUGUAUAACAUCAGGACUCGUUCAACAGUCAUUAUUCAUGAGUAUGACGGCACACCUUUCAGUGGUUAUAUUCUGCUUGCGAGUAAUUUAGAAGGAUGGAUCCUACUCUCGAGAAAUACUCAUGCAUACUUUCUCAAUUUGGUAUCGAGAGAUCACAGUGAUCUCCCGAUGUUGAAUAGAAAUAUUGGGCCAUCUGCCCAAGGUGGUUUUCGUGGUUCACCGAAUGGAGAAUCAAUGCUGACGGUUGUGUUAGAGCUCGAGUUUCACCGGGCGCUGAUUGUGGCUCACAGACCCGCCACCGGCUGGCUUUAUUUUAACGUGCCAGCCGAGGUUCAGAUGCUUUGCAUUGAGAGCUUCAAGGUUACUGUGAAUCGUAUUUUCUGGGUUGCAAGCGGUCUCCUCUUCUGCUGCUCGCACGAGCAGUUUCUGUGGAGGAAACCCAUUGCCAUGGGAGGGUACCACAAGUCAGUCCUUGAUUACAGAGGCGAUGUUUACCUCUUGGUUGUAAACCAAGAGCUGACGGAGGGGCAAAUUUUUUAUGUUAAUGCUGAUAAUGGAGACUUAAUCACAGAGGAGGAUUUUACCGGAUUAAUAUUCACGACCCGGGGAGCCGGAGGGGUAGUUUCCCCCUCCGGCAGCUUCCGCGUCCUUGGGGCUGGGGGGUUGUGGGCCAUGGUCGAGGGUUUUGAGGUGUCUGUGGGCGGGGAGGGCAGAGUGAUUAAGUCUUGCAACAGCCCUGCUGCAGAGGAUGACGGCAGAUGUGGAUGCCACUUCGGGUGGGUGGCGUUCGGACCCCGAAGUGAAUGAUGAAUGAUAUCACAUGUACUACUUCUUUACAUCUUGUUUUUCCUUCUUACGGUUGCUUGCAUAAUUCGUUCUUUCUAGGCAAAUGUAAUUUUGUUCCUGACAUGCCUAGCAUUUGAAAGUACUGGUUGAUGAUGUUUUACAGCUUACAAGAAUGACAUUCAAAUUUUCUACUCUACAAAA